AUGUCUUCCUCUACAUAUUUCUUCUUGCUUUUCGCCCUUAUUUCCUCUACUUCUGCCCUUUUGGGUAUCGGAAGAACCCAAUCUGUUGCGGUUUCCGGUAGACUCAUUUGUAAUGGACAACCAGCUUCUGGAGUCAAGCUGAAGCUGUACGAGAAGGAAUCAACAUUCGAUGUUCUUCUCGAAGAAGCCACUUCUGACUCCAACGGACAAUUCCGUCUCUCUGGAUCCAAAACUGAAAUCUCCACCAUCGACCCCAAAUUGAACAUCUAUCACAAAUGCAACUACAAUGGUCUCUGCUACAAAAAGAUCGGAAUCACGAUUCCAGACAACUACGUUUCAUCAGGAAAGACUCCCGGAAAGACAUACGAUAUCGGAACAUUGAACUUGGCCAACCAAUACUCUGGACAAACGACGGAUUGUCUUAACUAG